CUUGGUAAGUGAUAUGUUUUCUUUCUUUAAUAGUCUUGAGAGGUGUCAGUAUUUUGCUGAAUCACCAUUGAUUAAUCCUGUUGCAGGUGAUUUUGGACUUGCUAAGAUGUUGCCAUCAGAUGAUCUUGCAUCCUCUGUUGUAGGAACUCCAAGUUAUAUGUGCCCUGAGCUUCUUGCUGACAUACCUUAUGGCUCUAAGUCAGACAUUUGGUCCUUGGUCAGGCCCUCAUCAAAAGCAUGCUGCGGAGAAAACCCAGAACUUCGGCCGAGUUUAUUUCCUGUUCUUUAUUCUUUUUUUAACACUUUCCGAAAAUGUUUUACGUAGGAGAAGCAUUAAUAUAAGCAUACCAAUGAUUUGCCAUUGCCUUAGAUAAUCUAAAUGAUUCCUAAUUCAUUAAUUAGGACUCAGCUAGUUGUGGUUGUUCUAGCUAAUAUAUUGCCAUUCAUAGUCAUCGGCAUAAGCCUUUUCUAGUAAGUUUCUCUAAUAAUUUUAAAUCCCUGUAAUGUAUCUUCCAAAAUUCGAAGCCAAGACAUUUUUAAGGUACUUAUUGGUUUUAUGUUUCAAUUGGAUUUAACUUU